ACACCUCAGAGACUCAAUGAUUGUGGAGGACUGAAUUAGUCAUCCGCUAUCCCAGAAGCCUCCCGUAUGUUGUGGCACUUUGCUUGUCUCAGCUGCUGUUUAUAGUGUGUAUUGUAUGAGUAUGACAGAAAAGAGGAAAAGCACAGUAACUUUGAAAUUAUGUAACUAGGGUUGUAAAUAUUCGCCAUUAUCCAAACUCUGUAAGGAUAUUGUAACGAGUCGUGAUAAACUUGGAGAUUUAUGUUCUUUUCACUAUGGUAUCAUCGCGUGUGACAUAGUGGCUGUGCUUUAGUUAAGAAAACCACUGCCUUUUUCCCUCGACCCUACACUGACUUCAUCGAGAGACAAGAUGGAUCGGGAAAUCUAUAUACUCUUCCUGACCACUUCUAGGUCCGUGAUCAUAUAUCCUGACUAGGAUUGCUGCCUCUAUACUACUGUAAAGACCUAAGCCAACCCUCUUUUGGGAGCCCUCACCUUGGAAAUUAAAGAAAAUGCUUGCCUGCACUUGGAGUCUACUGAAGACUGUAUUGAGGUUAAAAGAUAAUGGUCUGUCAACAGACAGCUGUGAAGUUUUCUUUGGACAAAACUUACAGAUCUAAAUAGCAAGUAAUGGCAUCGGUGACAGCAAAGAUGACUGUGAAUAGCAAGUUUCGGUCUAAGCGUGGGUCAAGCAAGCUGCGACAGUCCACCACAGAUGCAUCUCCUGACUCAAAAUGCCCCAUCUGUUUGGAUAGAUUUAAUAAUAUUUCGUACCUAAAUCAGUGCUUGCACAGAUUUUGUUUCCGAUGCAUCAAGGAGUGGUCAAAAAAUAAAGCUGAGUGCCCACUUUGCAAGCAGCCAUUUAAUUCUAUAUUGCACAGUAUAAGAGCAGAAGAUGACUUCAAAGAAUAUACACUUAAGGUGUCCCAAGAAAAGUUCUCUUUUUCUAGCCCCAAUGGACAGAGGUUUCGAUACCGAACAACUGUGACCGGCUCAGACCAUAUGAUAUUGCGGUCUCGAAGAACAGUGUCUCCGCCUGAUAAUGGUGUUAUAUUUGAAGGUUUGGGAGGCCAUCAGCCACAUCAUUCUAGCAUAGAACUCCACAGGGCUACAAGAAGGCAUACUCGGGCAGAAGGGCAGUCUAUUACCAAUGUUCAGGUACAGGAAAUGAUCAGUUUUAGGAGAGCUUUGUAUCGGACCGGAACUCGUGUUAUAAGUGUGCAGGAUGGAGGCCGUUUUAGAGAAAUUUCAGCAGAAUUUUUUCGUAGGAACCCUGCUUGUCUUCACAGAUUAGUGCCAUGGCUAAAACGUGAACUUACUGUCCUGUUUGGGCUCCAUGGCUCAUUAGUCAACAUUGUACAGCAUAUUAUUAUGACUAAUGUUACUAUAUAUGAUAUGGAGAGUCCGGCCUUUGCUGAGGACCUCAGACCUUUUUUACUUCAGCGUACUGAUCAUUUUCUGCAUGAAUUUAUUACCUUUGCACAGUCACCCUUUAAUAUGGAUGCUUAUGACCAACAUGCAAAUUAUGAUGUCCCUACUCCUCAUGAAGAGAGUCAUUCUGAUUCGUCAGUUAUUACUAUAUCUCCAGAUGAAGCUGAUCCUCCAGAACCAGGUACUCCUAUACUUGUUGACGGCACAGAUCAGGCUCCUUGGGAUGAUGAGACUCCAGGACCUUCAUAUUCAACCUCUGAUCUAAUUCAACCAGUAUCGCCUUACCCAGUUACUUAUGAUAGUUCAGAUGAAGAGCCAACACAAUCAUCAUCUUCAGUACAAGCAGAAGUGCAAGUAAAAAGUGAUCCUGGACAGAACGAUGGCAAUGUAAAUUCUCCAGAUGAAGAAGAUUGUGUUGUUGUUGGUUAUGUUAAGCCUCUAGCAGAAAGGACUCCAGAACUUGUUGAGUUGUCUUCUGAUUCUGAAGGUUCUCUUCAUGAAGAAGACAUAAAGAAUGAACCUCAGUCUCAACAUGUAACUAUAUCCAGUGGGAGAGAGAGCAGCAGUUGUUCACCAUCCAAGUUGGCUGCUUCUAAAAGCAAACACAAAGUACAUAAAAAGCCAAAAAAGCGGGACAGGAACAGAAGAAGAAUGUGGUCAAGUUCAUCAGUAGUGGAUACUACUAAAGCCUGCUCUAGAUUGUGGGAUGGAAAACGCACUGACAGAGAGCUGCAGUCAAGAACAAGGGAACGGUCAAGAAACCGAGACUUCUGUUGGAUUCCGAGUAGAGAUGAACAUAUAGACAGGGCUGAAAGACGACAUUAUAAUAAAGAAAGGCAUAAGAGUAGGAGGUCAAGGAGUCAUGAAAGAAUGAGGUAUCGUGAUAAGAGGAGAUCGAGAAGUAAGGAACGAAGUGUAUCCCGAAGGAGUCGAACUGUAUCAAUAACAAGUGAAAGCACAACUUCAAGAGACCAUGGAAGAUCAAGAUCUAGAAGUAGUGACCGUGGCAGACGAAGAUCUUGGAGCAAGGACAAGGAAUACAGCUAUUUGAAAGACAGCUAUCAAAGUGCAUUUUAUUCAUAUCUUUGGGAGUCUUGCAGCCAUCAUGAUAAGGAGAGGGAUGGCUAUGAUUCCUUCUACAGAAAGAAAAGUCAUGCAAAAAGUUACCAUAAGCGAUGUUCACGUAGUCCUGAAAACAGAAUUCGCUAUACUUCAAAACAUAGAAACAGUUAUAAAGAAAAUCGAUACUGGUCAAGAAGUCAUUCUUCUUCCUCUGGUACAGAGAGAAAUCGUCAUGAAAAACCUAGUGGAAAAAGAAAGUAUAAAACACGGCAUUUGGAAAAUAGAAGUGAUGGCAACACUGUUAACUCUUGUGCUUGUUCAUCAUCAAGGGAUGAUGGAACCUCGCAUAGGUCUUCCUCAAAAUAUAGUGCAAGUUGUAGAAAUGACUCUGACUACUCAGUAAAAACUGCAAGCAGUGAAUCAAAACUGAAAAAGAAAAAAAGAAAAAGUAGAAGCCCAAGUGUAGAAAUUGUUUUUGAAGGUAAAAAUGUAGAUGCAUCCAAACAUCAUAAGAAGAAAAAGAGGAAACAUAGAAGGAAACACAAAAGACACAGAACUGAUGAACAGGCAAAAAAUUCCUCACCAGUUGUCAUUACUAUUGAUAGUGAUAGUGAGGAAGUACCUGCAAAAAUAGUGUCUGACCACAGUGUUGAUCAUCCUGCUGCUCCGCACAUAGAAGAGAAGGAUUCACAGGAACCUGAAUCUGUGGAAUCAUUGGACAGUAAAAACAUUUGUGAUGUUCCAGAAACUCAGCAUGUAUGCAAUCUGAAUGCCUCCAUUAAUGACAAAUCAUGUUCUGAAGGACCUAGUUCACCUGGAGGGUCUGGUACAAAAAAUAGCUUUGUUGAACAGAUCCCAGCUAUUUGUCUUUCUAGUCAGUCUUCUGUUGGUGAAAAUAAUGCAGAACUGCUGCCUCUGGAAAAAGAUAUUGGGACUGAAGUGGCAUCUCCUGUGUCAUACAGUGGACGUCAUCCCAUUAGUAUGAACAUUUCACAGCUGGAGCUUCAAGAUCAGCAGAAGACAGCACUUCCUAUAUUUGAUAGUUUAAAUGCCCUUAACACUGAAGAUUUAAACACUUUUAACUUUGAUCAUUUAAAUGCACUUAGUAAUAGUGACAGUUUAAACACACUUAAUAGCAAUGAUUUAAAUACACUUAACAGUGACGAUUUAAACAGCAUUGGUAAUAGUACUGUUGAUUUCAAUGCAUUUAAUAAUGCUGCAUUGGAACAUGAUGAUGCUGAAAACAGAACUAUUGUUACAGAAGACUUGUCCGAGUUUUCAGAUAGACCUCGCUUGAUUAUAAAACUGCCAAAGAGGCUUUUGGAGGAGACUUGCUUAUCUGAUACAGACAGUGACACACAGUAGUUGCCUUAUUGUGUAAAGUCUGUUUUAAAAUGACACUGUAAAAGUAAUUUUGUAUGGUAAUAAAUGUGCAGGAUACUCAAUGUUCUGCAUUUCUUAA